CUCUCUCUCUCUCUCUCUCUGUUCGUCGCUUUCGUUCCGAAUUUCAUUUUCGUCUUUUGAUCUUCAAACUUGCGGAAUUCAGUUCACUCUGAAUCGUCGCUGGUUGCGGUGAACUGAGCUGAAGCACGACGAGCGUCUGAACGGCGAAGGCGAUGAACAGUAGCUCCUCAUCGCCGUCUCGCUCGUCGAUGUCGACGGCGGCGGUCGUCGGCGGGAGCACGAGCAACGUCGCUUUGUCCGCGGAGGAGUUCCCCUUCCUGCCCGAUCCCGUUUGCAUUCACGACCUCAAGGACGAGGCAAUGCUAGUUCUGAAAGCUGAUCUGAAGGCUGCGCUGGACAAGGAGGUCAAAUCCAUGGAUGAGGAGAGCUGGAAGUUCGAAGGACCUCGGUCUCGUAUCAAUCUCUUGUCUAAACCAGGUGGAUUUCUUCCCAGACAAAUGGCGAUAGCUAGGCAUAAGUACUCCGCUUCUGCAAAGUAAUUGAGACAUCUUUUUUGGCUGGUAACACACGGUGUCGUGAUCAAUCAGAGGCUAAUUUCUUGGAUUACCACUGAAGUAACUCGAGCACUUGUAUUGGCAAACUUUGCUCUGGGUGGUGUCACUACGUGAGUAUAUAGUUUGGCUCGAGUCCCAAUAGUUUUCUUGGAAUCAUGCUCCCUCCCUCUCUCUCUCUCUCUCUCUCCUAGAGCCAUCGAGAGAUUAUUAAGAUGAGAAGGUCAGAAGAUAGGUAAUUCACAAGGACAUUCAACCGUCCUGUUUCUUUAGAAUUUUCAAUUUGUCAGUUUCUGCUCUUUCAGUUGGUUUAUUGGUUA